GCGCUAGUACCCAGAUUCAUGCGAACGAUUGAGGUGGAAAAUAUGAGAAACCUGCUUUAGCUGAGUGCACGUCGAUCCAGCGUUAAACUGGUAUCUUUUGUGUUCGGACAACUCAAGAUGGCAGCGACCACUGAGGCCCCAGAGCCCUGGUACCUGGCCUUGUUGGGCUUUGCAGAACAUUUCCGCACGUCGAGUCCGCCGAAGAUCCGGCUGUGCGUCCACUGUCUACAGGCGGUGUUUCAGUUCAAGCCACCUCCGAGAGUCGAGGCCCGGACUCACCUGCAGCUGGGCUCGGUGUUGUACCGCCACACAAAGAACAGCGAGCUGGCCCAGACCCACCUGGAGAAAGCGUGGUUCAUAUCUCAGCAGAUCUCUCAAUUUGAAGAUGUCAAGUUUGAAGCAGCAAGUAUUCUAUCAGAGUUCUACUGCCAGCAGAACUUGGUGGACUCAGCCAAACCAGUUUUGCGCAAGGCCAUUCAGAUCUCUCAGCAAACCCCCUACUGGCACUGCAGACUGCUUUUUCAGCUGGCACAAUUGCAUGCACUAGAGAGGGACUUGGUGUCUGCCUGUGACCUCCUAGGAGUUGGAGCAGAGUACGCAAGAGUCAUGGGCUCAGAGUACACAAGAGCUCUGUUCUUAUUAAGUAAAGGAAUGCUGCUGCUGAUGGAGAGGAAGCUGAGCGAGGUGCACCCUCUGCUGACGCUGUGCGGGACCAUUGUGGAGAAUUGGCAGGGAAACCCCAUUCAGAAGGAGUCCCUCAGAGUUUUCUUCCUGGUGCUGCAGGUUACACACUAUCUGGAUGCUGGACAGGUAAAGAGUGUGAAGCCGUGUCUGAAGCAGCUCCAGCAGUGUAUCCAGACCAUCUCCACUCUCCAUGAUGAUGAGAUCCUUCCCACGAAUCCAGCUGCCCUCUUCCACUGGCUGCCCAAAGAGCACAUGUGUGUGCUUGUGUAUCUGGUUACAGUGAUGCACUCCAUGCAGGCGGGCUACCUGGAGAAGGCACAGAAGUACACAGACAAAGCUCUCAUGCAACUGGAGAAGCUGAAGAUGCUGGACAGCAGUCCCAUCCUGUCCACAUUCCAAGUCAUCCUGCUGGAACAUAUCAUCAUGUGCCGGCUCGUCACCGGACACAAGGCCACAGCUUUACAAGAGAUUUCUCAGGUUUGUCAGCUUUGCCAGCAGUCUCCCAGGUUGUUUACCAAUCACGCUGCCCAGCUUCAUACACUUCUGGGUCUGUACUGUAUCUCGGUGAACUGCAUGGAUAACGCUGAGGCUCAGUUCACCGCUGCCCUACAGAUGACAACACACCAGGAGCUGUGGACGUUCAUUGUAACUAACCUGGCCAGCGUUUACAUCCGAGAAGGCAACAGGCAUCAAGAGCUGUACAGCCUUUUAGAGAGGAUUAACCCUGAUCACAACUUUCCUGUCAGCUCUCAUUGUCUACGAGCUGCAGCGUUUUACAUCAGAGGGCUCCUGUCUUUCUUUCAAGGACGUUACAACGAGGCCAAAAGAUUUCUAAGGGAGACCCUGAAGAUGUCUAAUGCUGAGGAUCUAAACAGGCUGACCGCUUGCUCGCUAGUCCUACUGGGCCACAUCUUUUUUGUCCUGGGCAACCACAGGGAAAGUAACAAUAUGGUGGUUCCUGCCAUGCAGCUGGCCAGCAAGAUCCCAGACAUGUCUGUGCAGCUCUGGUCCUCUGCACUUCUCAAAGAUCUGAACAAAGCUUGUGGAAACACCAUGGAUGCCCACGAGGCAGCUCAGAUGCACCAGAACUUUUCCCAACAGCUCCUGCAGGACCACAUCGCAGCCUGCAGCCUCCCUGAACACAACCUCAUCAGCUGGACAGACGGCCUCCCCCCUGUGCAGUUUCAGCCUCAGAAUGGACCCACAACCAGCCUGGCCAGCCUGCUCUAAGGGAAGAACCCUGAUCCUGACAGGGACAAGGUGACAGAGGAGCAACUGCAGGAAAAAAUGACAUAAAGAGACAGAGAACAAGGAAAAAACAUCUGAUAAAAGAAUAAGAGGAAAGUGAGGCAGGAUAAUGAAAUCAGAAGCUGAAGAAUACUGCACUGUGCUGUUUGACAGGUAAAUAUAAACGGAUGACAAAUUAAGGGAAAAACCUGAAUAAAUGAGUGGUUAUAGAAACAGCGCCAAAGUGCACUGAAGCUGUUCUGGCAACGUGGUAGCCCAACAUCUUACUAAGGCCACAUUCACUCACCAGAGGAACUUUCCCCUGUGAGCAGGAACCUUUGGUGGAACAUAGUUCCUCUACCUGCAUUUCAACCGGAGGAUCCAGGGUCUACAUGUAGUCCUGUGGCGUAGUACUCACACUGAAAAAAAUGUGCUUAGUCAGGGGUAGUACUUUCUGAAGGUCCCAGAACUGUCAGGAGGGGGGCUGCAUUGCAGAACGUCACUGAUUGGUCAAAUACAGGAUUCUACAGUGCAAACAUUUCACUCACGUAUACAAGUAAUAAUCAAUGUGCAAAUAUGAAAAAUUAUUUGGGCUCACUGAUGCAACUGACUCCCAGUUCCUUGGGUUUUCAGUCUGUAAGGAGCAUUUUAUCAGUAGGCCUACAUGAAGAGACCAGUGAGUGAGAUUAGUGGAUUGAAAAAUAUGGUUUUGGUGUUUGUCGAAUGGCUUUUCCUGGUGUUUGACCUUAGGGCGGAGCUCAGCACCUCCACACACCAAGUACAGCGGGCAGAGGAGAGCAUGACAUCAGCUGAAGUGAAACAUUACUCAGAGUUAAAAAUCCUUUUGCUCGUUGCUGUGCAUGCAAUAAAACUUCGGUGAGUAAAAAAAAAAAAAUGCACCUGAUAAAUGAGUAUAAACUUGCGGAAGAUCAAUCAUUUCAGCUCUGCCUGCAGAAAUGUGGCUUUAGACACAUUAUGUUGGUUUUUCCUUUAAUUUGUCAGCUCUCUGUAUAAAGCUACUGCCAGCAGAUGGCUAAAAGCUAUGGAUCAAUGGCCACCUUCACAUCCAACUCUCAGCGAGAAAGGAAAUGUCAGACUUUGCCUCUAAAUUCAACAGAUUUGCCCCUCAUUUAGAAUAUCUCUUUACCCCUUCUUGCAAGGUCAUCAUGAAGGUAUUUUUACUUUGGUUAUGAAAAACAGAAAUUCUGACAGAACACAAAGAUUUUAAGAUUAAAUUACUGUCAAAUUUAAACCAUCUACUGGCCAAACAGACUCAAAUAGGACUCUUGUUGUGCAUGAAGGUAAGGUUUUGUCUUGUCCGAGCACUGUUCUGCUAGUUCUGAUACACAGUGUGAUGAUCUUAAUGUUGUGUAGUGGUAUGUUUGAUGUAUUAGGUGGUUGAGUGGACAGACUGUGAUGACCACUACCUUGCUGCCUGACUGUACUUCCCUUUAGAUUUUCACUGUUUCACUCUCACUGUGGUGUGUUUUCAUAUGCUGUGCACAUGUUGCCUGGAGUCAAGAAACUAGUAAUAAUAGUAAUAAUUUUACUAAAUAAGUAUGACUGUUACGGGUUUGCACUUACUGUAUGUCGUUUCAUCACAACAUUUUUAUCUAUUCCAUGGAAGCAUUUUGGAGUAAGUGUUUUUUUUACCUCACUUGUUUUUCUCUUCUUGCUUAACUCAUUUUUAAACUCUGUAUUUAAAUAACUCAUUUAAUGUUGCUUUUAUUAUACCAGAUGCAUUUUUUCUUUGCUGUUAUUGUUAACAACCUGAAGGACAUCCCAUGUAGGAAAGGUAUACAGGUUUCUGUACUCAUAGUUUUUAUUAUUACACAGUAAAGUACAUAGUUUGGUCAUUUGCAGGGUAUUUACUGCAAUAAAAACUACAGCAUGGAUGCCAUAAUUUUUUGGCUUUUUAU